AUUUCACUUUGAAAACUCCAUUCAGUCACUCUUUUCAUCCUCAGUUGAAAUGGCUUCCAAAACACAAACCACACCAGAAACCGUCGCUAAAGAAAUAGUUACCGAAUUUGGAACAUUCAUUCGUAUCUUUAGCGACGGUUCAGUGGAAAGACCAUCACAAUCACCAUUGGUUCCUCCAUCUCUCAAUGACCCAAACACUGGACUUUCAUCCAAAGACAUUGAAAUCCCACACAACCCCACAAUUUCAUCUCGCAUAUACCUUCUAAAAAUCACAAACCCACCUUCAAAAUUUCCAAUCCUGGUUUAUUUUCAUGGCGGCGCUUUCAUCUUCGAAUCCGCAUUCUCAAAGUUGUACCAUGACCAUUUGAAAAUCUUUGCAUCACAAGCAAAUGUGAUUGUUGUUUCAAUUGAAUAUAGACUUGCUCCUGAGUAUCCUCUCCCUACAUGUUACCAUGAUUGUUGGGCUGCACUCAAAUGGGUAUCUUCUCAUUCCAAUCAUACCAAUGAUACCAUCAACAAUGCAGAACCAUGGUUGAUUGAACAUGGUGAUUUUGAUAAGGUUUUCAUUGGUGGUGAUAGUGCUGGUGCUAAUAUUGCACAUAACAUUGCAAUUCAAGCUGGAAUUGAAAAAUUACCUUAUGAUGUUAAAAUAUUAGGAGCUAUUUUAAUUCAUCCUUAUUUUCACAGUUCUAACCCUAUUGGGUCAGAACCUAUUAUUGAGCCUGAAAAUAAUCUUUUCCAUAAGGUUUGGCAUUUGGUGUACCCAAAUGCACCUUUUGGAAUUGAUAACCCUAGGGUUAAUCCUUUAGGUGAAGGUGCACCUAGCUUGGAAAAACUUGGUUGUUCUAGAAUUAUUGUUUGUGUUGCUGGACAAGAUAGGUUAAGGGAUAGAGGAGUUUGGUAUUGGGAAUGUGUGAAGAAUAGUGGGUGGAAUGGGAAAUUGGAAUUCUUUGAAGAGAAAGAUGAGAACCAUGUUUAUCAUUUGUUUAAACCAGAAUCUGAGUGUGCCAAGAUAUUGAUCCAACGAUUGGAUAAUUUUGUCCAAGAGUGAAGAAGGGUCAUGAUCAAUUUGCUUGAUUUGGUAUUUUGUACUAGUAGUGUUUGUUUUUAAUCAAUAAUGGUGAUUUUCUAAAUGCAACAAGACAAUAAUAAUAAAUGACCUUUUAGGGGUUUAUGUUUGGAUGGAAAUAAUGAAGAGAUAUUUCUUUAGACCAAAAUGAAUGGAUGUAAAAAUUUAGUUUAUUACAUUUAAUUUUCUCUUUCA